AUGCGAUAUUGUGGAUGGCGUUCUACGUGGUAUAGACGAUCCAUUCUUCAAAAAUGGUACUCAACAAAUACCAGCGCUUUCUGUAGUUUGUUUUCCACAUCUAGCGCUCAAACGUCACUGAGACGCAAGCAAAGAACUAUGGAUAUGGGUAGGACCUUGUGGCGGUACUUUAAUGCACCAGGGAACUUAAUGUUUGUGACAACAAAUUUGGUUACUCUCGUAGGAAUGAUGUCUUACACUACUAUUCAUGAGCUAACCAGAGAGCAGACAGGUGUCGAACAAAUCAAUCAGGAUGCCGAAAAGAUUCUAAUUGAAACGGGGGACAAAUCUGCGGAAAAUGAACCAUUCAAAAGAUAUUCAGAGAAGGAUAUUCGGAUUCACAAAGGCGAUCCACCAAUAUCGUCUUAUUCACAGCACGCUAAAAUGUCAUUAUUUCACCUAUUUUAUUCCUUCUACACCUACCACGGAGUCUUAUCAGCGGGGAAAGAGGCAGGGACUGAUUGGAAUCGAGAAAUAGCGAUGAUUAAGGAAAGCGUCUACCAGAAUAAAAGAAAAACAAUUUCACCAUAUGUCUUCUACCAACUGUGGAAACAGCAGUUUGGAGAGGUGCUGACUAACUUGAGCAAAUCACAGCAGUAUCACUCUCCAAAUUGGGGAGAAUAUCCAGCGGGUCUUCAGAAGAUUUGCCAAGCCAUCUACGAUAACGAACUCCGAACUCUGGAUGAUUUUAUUGAUCUCUACAACACUGUAAGUGUUUCCUCACUCAAAAUGCUAUUGCAAGCAUGGUUGUAUGACAACUCAUAUUUAUUUAAGGUCUCAACCAAGACCGAUAAUGAAGUAUUCUAUCGAGAUCUGCUGAAGGCAUCAUCCACUGAUAGAGUACUUUUCGAUCGAUAUGCUUCUAUUCUUCUCAACAAUGACAAUCCACGACGUAAAACUUUUUUCAAUUCACAUCCAAAGAAUGGCGUGCUCACGGCAUCCUUAGAGACCGUCAUUCAAACAUUAAACGGUACAGUGACUCUGGCGAAAACUGCUUUGGACAAGACAACCUACAAUGAUUGGAUCAUUCAACUUGUAUCUAUGAUACGAAGGAACUGCAUAAUUAGUAAGGAACAGAAGGGCUCGCAAGCUGUGAGGAUUAUACUAUCCGAUGACCAUACUGAUCACUUACUUGCAUCACCAGCGGAGAGGAGUGCUUGCUACAAGCUGGUCAGUAAUAAUACAGAAGCCAUGGCAGCUUUAGGUGCCAUCUCUGAGCUGGGGGAUUAA